UAUGGCAGAUAAGUCCAAAGAUUCAACGAGAGAACAGCGUAUUGCCCGCUUAAGACAGCUUCAGAUGAAACGAAAUGAAGCCAGAAAAAUGAACCAUGUUGCUGUUGUUGAAGAGGAUAAAAUGAAAAAUCUUCCCUCAAAUUGGGACGCAAAGAGAAAGAAGGUUGAUUGGGAGGAUACCGAAGAAGAAAGAAGAAAGGCAUGUGAGGAACGCGGUAUGUCUUAUGGUCGUGUCAAAAUGUUGGAACUAUCCGCUGAAGAUGCUGAAAGAAAAGACCUAAAAAAACAGAGAAAGAAAAAUCCAGAUGAAGGGUUUUCAAGUUUUGAACAAUCUACAUUUCGUCAAUAUUCACGAUUGACACGUCAAAUGAAACCUGACUUCGAAGAAUAUGAAGAAGAAAAAACGAAACUGGGAGAUGCCUUCUAUCCGGGAACCAACACUCUUGGCGUAUUGAAUCAUAAAGAUAGUAAAGAGGGGAUAGACAGGAUGGUGUCAGAUUUGAGUAAACAGCAAGAAAAGAGGCAGAAAUACAGCAGGAGAAGAGUUCAUGAUGAUGACGCUGAUAUUGAUUAUAUCAAUGAUAGAAAUGCUAAAUUCAAUAAGAAACUAGAGCGAUUUUACGGAGAACAUACAGCCGAAAUUCGACAGAACUUUGAGCGUGGUACAGCUGUAUAA